AUGAAGGUUUCCAAUAGGAAAGACGAGAAUAUAAGAUAUAUGGUGCAGAUGAGAGAUGUAAAUGAAAGUCACACAAGUGGUGACUCUAGUUCAAGUCACUCAAGUGGUGACUCUAAAUCAAGUCACACAAGUGGUGACUCUAAAUCAAGUCACACAUGUGGUCACUCUAGUUCAAGUCACACAAGUGGUCACUCUAGUUCAAGUCACGCAAGUGGUGACUCUAAAUCAAGUCACACAUGUGGUCACUCUAGUUCAAGUCACACAAGUGGUGACUCUAAAUCAAGUCACACAAGUGGUCACUCUAAAUCAAGUCACUCAAGUGGUCACUCUAAAUCAAGUCACACAAGUGGUCACUCUAGUUCAAGUCACACAAGUGGUCACUCUAGUUCAAGUCACACAAGUGGUCACUCUAGUUCAAGUCACGCAAGUGGUCACUCUAGUUCAAGUCACACAAAAAGUCACACAAGUGGUGACUCUAAAUCAAGUCACACAUGUGUUGACUCUAAAUCAAGUCACUCAAGUUGUCACUCUAAAUCAAGUCACACAAGUGGUGACUCUAAAUUAAGUCACGCAAGUGGUGACUCUAAAUCAAGUCACUCAAGUGGUCACUCUAGUUCAAGUCACACAAGUAGUGUCUCUAAAUCAAGUCACACAUGUGUUGACUCUAAAUCAAGUCACGCAAGUGGUGACUCUAAAUCAAGUCACGCAAGUGGUGACUCUAAAUCAAGUCACAUUCAUGUGUUGACUCUAGUUCAAGUGCAAGUGUCUAAAUCAAGUCACGCAAGUGGUGACUCUAAAUCAAGUCACGCAAGUGGUGAUAAAUCAAGUCACGCAAGUGGUGUCUUUAAAUCAAGUCACACAUGUGUUGACUCUAAAUCAAGUCACACAAGUGGUGACUCUAAAUCAAGCCACACAUGUGGUGACUCUAAAUCAAGUCACUCAAGUGAUGACUCUAAAUCAAGUCACUCAAGUGGUGACUCUAAAUCAAGUAACACAAGUGGUGACUCUAAAUCAAGUAACACAAAUGGUGACUCUAAAUCAAGUAACACAUGUGGUCACUCUAGUUCAAGUCACACAUGUGGUGACUCUAAAUCAAGUCACACAAGUGGUGACUCUAAAUCAAGUCACUCAAGUGGUCACUCUAAAUCAAGUCACACAAGUGGUGACUCUAAAUCAAGUCACACAUGUGGUGACUCUAAAUCAAGUCACACAUGUGUUGACUCUAAAUCAAGUCACACAAGUGGUGACUCUAAAUCAAGUCACAUAAGUGGUGACUCUAAAUCAAGUCACACAAAUAGUGACCCAGAAUCAAAUCUCAUGAGUGAUAACUGUAAAUCAAGGCACACAAGUGGUGAACCAGAAUCAAAUCACGCAAGUGGUGACUAA